AUGUGCUGGUUUGAACAUUCUAAAUUUCUUCAAUUCGUUAAAGAGGAAUGGAGUUCUUUUUGUGUGACGGGGACUGCAACUUUCAUUUUUACUAAAAAGUUACAACUUUUGAAGGAAAGACUUAGGUGGUGGAAUUCAAACGUGUUUGGGGUGCUUAAUCUAAAUGUGGAGAAGGAGGUUGAUAUCUUAAAUGAGAUUGAGAAGAUCAUGGCAGAUGAUCAAAACAGUAUUACAGAAGCUGUCUCAUUGUUGGUUAAGAGGGCAUGUCAGGUUGGCUCUCUCGAUGCUUUCAAGAUAAAUGACGACGACGAAUUUAGCUUACUUCAGUACGCAGACGAUACUAUUUUGAUAGGACAGGGAUCUUGGAGUAAUUUAUGGGCGAUGAAAGCAAUUAUCAUGGGGUUUGAAAUGAUUUCUGGAUUAUUGGUUGGUGGAAAUCAGCGUCGUAUUGCAUUCUGGAAUCCGGUGAUUGAAUGUGUAAAGGCGCGACUGUCAUCAUGGAAGGGUCGAUUACUAUCAAUUGGAGGCAGGGUGUCUUUUAUCAAUUCAGUUUUAACAAAUCUUCCAAUACAUUACUUUUCUUUUUUACAGAAUUCCAAAGAAAGUCGCACAAACUCUGGUGGCGCUACAGAGACAUUUCUUAUGGGCAGGUUCAAAAACUGA